GGCAUCUCUUCCCGAAUUAUCCGUCGGCGAGUGUGUGUAAACCAGACAUGGCGCUGCUGUAAAGUGGAGAAACACAGGCAAGCGAUUUGUACGCUGGAAAAUCAUCUCACAUAUUCUGUUUCAAAGGAAUUAUAAUCACCAGGACCUUGCUUAGCAAUAUACUGAAGGAACAUUGUUUACUGAAACAAGAUAACUGUUUUAUUCAACUGUGAACGCAAGUCAUCUUGUGUGUUUUACAAUUGCUACAAAGUUACAAAGGUACCUAUUGGACAGGAUACUACUACUGUGACCUUUCAACGGGAGACACUGCAAUGGACCGCUGGAGUUAAAAAGUUCUGUCAGGAUCAUUUUAUCCUGUUGCUUUAAUCUGGACACGCUUCGGGGUUUUGAUAUUUAAAGACUCUGGAGCACCUUACAGAAACCAUGCCAGCUAAAACCAAAUACAAUUUAGUGGACGAUGGUCACGAUUUAAGGAUUCCUUUACACAACGAAGAGGCAUUCCAACAUGGGGUCAAUUUCGAAGCCAAGUACAUUGGCAGUCUGGAUGUGCCCCGACCAAACAGCAGGGUGGAAAUAGUUGCUGCUAUGAGAAGAAUACGGUAUGAAUUUAAAUCCAAGAACAUCAAGAAGAAAAAAGUCAACAUAGUGGUAUCUGUGGACGGGGUCAAAGUCGUUCUGAGGAAAAAGAAGAAGCUUCCUAUGUUUUCACAGAAAAAAGAAUGGACCUGGGAUGAGAGCAAGAUGAUGGUGAUGCAGGACCCCAUCUACAGGAUAUUCUAUGUAUCCCACGAUUCCCAGGACCUGAAGAUUUUUAGCUACAUUGGCAGGGAUGGUGCAAGCAACGUGUUCCGGUGUAAUGUCUUCAAGUCCAAGAAAAAGAGUCAAGCCAUGCGGAUUGUGAGAACUGUGGGGCAGGCAUUUGAGGUCUGCCACAAACUCAGUCUGCAGCACACGCAGCAGAACGCCGACGGGCAGGAAGAUGGGGACAGUGAAAAGAACAGCGAUGACUCAGGGGUUCCAGCUCGCCAGCUGACAGGAGCGGAGAAGCCUGUUGCAGAGGAGACCGACAUUGAUGCAGAGGAAGUGCCCUUACCUGACAGCACCGUCGAUGAGUUCACCCGCGGGGUAACUGACCUGGACACUGCCAAGACUGAACAAGAUACCUGUAACGAGAAGAAGAUCUCAGAAGAGAACAUUCUGCUGGCAACUCCCAAGAUGUUGCUGCCCCCAUCGUCAAACCAACUUCCUGCAGGAACUCCCCUCUCGGUGCACCACCAAAUUCAGCUCCUCCAGCAACAACUGCAGCAGCAGCAACAGCAGACACAAGUGUCCGUGGCGCAGGUUCACCUGCUGAAAGACCAGCUGUCUGCAGAGGUGGCAGCCCGAAUUGAGGCCCAGGCCCGGGUCCACCAGCUCCUGCUGCAAAACAAGGACAUGUUGCAGCACAUCUCACUGCUGGUGAAGCAGGUGCAGGAGCUGGAGCUGAAAUUCUCUGGACAUAACUCAAUGGGCUCUCAGGACAGCUUAUUAGAGAUCACCUUCCGUGCAAACGUGCCGCCCGUGCUGUGCGACCCAACCACCCCGAAGCCAGAGGAUGUCACCCUGCCGCAGCUCAGUGACGGGACACAGCUCUCGAUGCCGCUGGGCAGCCCCUUAGGUAGGGACAAUUGCCUGGUAAAACUAGAGUGCUUCCGCUUCCUCCCCGGCCCACCACAGCAAGGAAAGGGCCCUGAGCAGCAACCUCCUGUGUCUUCCCGGGAUGAGUUCCUGGGCAGCCUGGAGUUCCUCAAGUUCCGUGAGUCGGGGAUUGCCUCGGAGUACUCGUCAAACACUGACGAGAGUGAUGAGCUGGACAGCUGGGGUCAUGACGACGGCUCACUGCGGCUCUUCAAUGUGCUGUACAAAGAGAGCCCGCCAGACUGCCUGGACGAUGAGAUUGCAGUCUAGAUCUGUAUCCCUGGUGUAAAUGUUUUGGUCUAAGCUUUAGCAAUAGUCCAGCUGGCCAUUCAAACAACCUCUGUGUUUUAAACCGUGAAAUGUCACCCCAAUCACCACCUGCACCAUGUUACUGCUCUUGCUUCAGUGCACAUUCCAGGAAUAAAAUUAGGACCGCCUGUUUCCAGAAGACUACGCCAUUACGCUUGCACAGUGUGUAAGCCAGGCGUGUAGAUGUUAGGGUGGAAAAUAUUUCAGUGGUCUUGCAUGCAUGUUUCAAGCACUAAAUCACAGGAACAUAUGGUGACUCCACCAGCACAGUGUAAAAUCCACAUUUAUAGUUGUGUUUGUUCUAGGGGUUAAUUUGAGGUUUCGUUUACAAGCGCUGGGAUUUUUAAGAACAUGACAUUUGUCUCAAUUUCAGUGGUGUUCUAUGGUCGACAAAGAACCACCGUGAUAAGAGUCUUUGACUCUUGAUGAUCUUGGGAUAAAUCAGAGAUUGUUGUUUGUAUAACAGUGCCAUAAGUUGUUGUGCUACAAGAUCUGUUCAAAUGCUUACAGGUAACAUACCAUGCAUCAGAUACACAAGUGAAAAUGCCUUGAUCGUAUUGACGCAGAGAAGUUGAAGUUAAUUAAUUGAUUUAUUUAUUUAUUUAUUUAUUUAUUUUAUAUAGUCAUAGCAGCCAAUACUGAGAAAUCUCAGUACCUGUGAAAUAAUUUUCAUAUGUUAAAAUCUGUUAAAAUGGAAGUUUUAUUUUUUUUGUUACUUUAAAUCUCAUUGGCAGAUUUAAACUUGUGCAGGGUAUUGACCUGCGCAUCUCACACAUUAAUAACAUCCAGAUUAGCUGAGCACAAGGUGGAGCACUGGAUCAUUCAAUAUAAGCCACAAAGGGACAAACUGUCUAUUUAAACUUAUAACCAAAUAGAAAUGGGUAUGGAAUAAAUGUCAGAGAAAGCUAGAUCUAAUGAGUUGUAUGUCAAUACCACUAUACUUUGUUUAUUUAUGAGGAGUCCCUUUCUAGCUCUGAAUCUACUUUAGCCUGAGAGUGAUUGCUAUUUAACAAUGUGUGUUAGGGGUAUAAAAACACCACAAUAGGCAAGAAGGCUGUAACAGGAUGCUUCAGUAAGUAAGGGAAUGAUUUCAAUUGAAUUUACGAUGUGAAUGUUGGAAGGUUAAUGAGUCUGUAUGCAUCAGUCUAAAGUAUAACUAAUAUUGCAAUGUGGACUACUCUGCAGAAUACACUGGGGAUAGUGAAGUACAAUAAUUAUUUUCAAGGAAGUCGUCUGCUGCUGAGGUGGUACAGUUAUAACAGUAAUAUAAUUAGUUGUCACUCUUACUGUUAAAUGGGCUCCUCUUCUUGCAAUAAUGUCAGGACAUUUAAUACUGGAGUAAAGCAAUUCAGCAAGUGGAUUAUUAUUUAAAAUUAAUAGUAUAAACAAUAGCUCCUGGCCAUGAAUUGGUAUAAAUGAAACGGUUCAAAAUGUUGAUGUAACAGUGAGAGGGUCUUUAGAAGAGUCUGAACAGGGCUUAGAAUAGAGGGAAACCUGCAAGACUAAAAGGCUCUUAUUGUGGCCAUUGAUUUCAGAUAGUUUAGACUAGAUGUGGGUGUAAGGUCAGGGCCAGAGGUACUGCACAUAACUACUGGGCAUUGCCUUAAAUUACUGAUGAAAUCACCGAAAAAUAUACCUUUUUAGAUAGAUAUUAUUAUUAUUAUUAUUAUUAUUAUUAUUAUUGUUGUUGUUGUUUCCUUCUGAAAUAUGUAAAUCAAUGUAAGGUGCUCUCAUGUUGUUGUGGUUUUUACAUCCUAAUCAAUUGUUUGAAUACUGUAUGUACAAGAUUCCUAAAUUUACUCAUUUGGGCCUGAUCGACAGUGUCCAAAUGCCGCUGCAGUCCUUGGCAACCAUAGACAACCUACAAAUCAGCUUUCCAAUGUGACUUCUACAGUGUAGUCCUCUGAGAUUUAAUAUGUUAAACAAUUCAAAACAAGCACUGUCGAAGUGUGCUUAUUUUGCCUGUUUUAAACAAAACAAAACAAAAAAACAAGAGUGCAUAAGCUAAAGCAGCCUGGUACAUGCUAUCACACAUUCAGCUUUUGUAAUGUUGGGCGUGUAGGGUGAAACCUCCACUGAUGUUCCCAAAUGCUUUAAAGAAAUUAACUCUCAUGCAAAAUGUGUUUUCGAUUUCCACAUGCCUGUAGCCAUGUCCCAGUGUCCAAAUCCUUAACAAAACAAUGUGAAUUAAAAGCUAUAAAUAUUAACAAUGUAAAAAAUACCAACUGCACUUUUUUAUUGUAUUGUCAUGGUGAAAUCCCAUAGACUUCUAUUUUUAGUGCCAAAUUGUUGUUAAGUGCAUGGAUUUAUAAUUCACCUCUUCUGAUAUUUAUUAUUUCCUUGUACUUCAACAUGUAAGUGGUUCUGUGAAGGUUUUACAAUUGCUUAUGUUAUUUAAAUGUGUCUGUCAGUGAAAGUGUACUGAUGUAACAAGUUGUAAACACUACUGUAGCCUAAUCAAUAGGGAGACUUAAAAUGCAAUGCAGCCUUUUCUUCCCCACAAUCACAGUAAGAAUUGUGUUUCCUCUGUGGUGCUAGUGACAGCAUGCUCCUAUCCGUGUUCUGAACUUUCUUUAUCUGUAGUAAAUACAUUCCUCUGAGUAAGUCGUCAUUGUUCAAGCCAGAGAGAGCAGAGGCAAAUAAAACAGGCUGUACUUUUUGCAACCCAGUAACAUAGAACUGCACUUGGGUUUAAUGUUAAUAUUGUAAAUCAAGUGCUAAAGAAUAAGACUUGAAAAUGCAACUGUGCAUUAUGUAGAAGGGGGAGUGCCAUUCCAUUAUGUUUGGUUGUGUUUCUUUCUUCUUUUUCUUAUAUUUAUGUUGAUAACCCAAGUUAUGUCAUGCUUUGUUAACCUCCUCCAGUAUUUCUCAUUCUUGUAAUGUGGUUUGCUGUUUUAUGGUGCAUAUAAUGAGAACAGGGUGGAUAUACUGGGGGUUUUCAGCUGGAAACAGCUGAUUAAAAGCAAGCGAGCUUCCAUCUCUGCAAGACUUUAAAACUGAUGUGGUCCCUUCAGGCAUUUUAUGUUGAAUCAUAAUUAAAAUCUAAAAUCAAAUCCUGUUCUUGCACUGCUGCCAGUGUUUCAUGGUAAUAUUCAGUAUGGACGGUUUGAUGUGCAGGCCAGCCCUUUAUUUCUGAGAUUAUAUGACCUGGUUCUUAACCAAAAUUUUAAAAAAAGCCAUGAAAAAAAAAAAAAAUUCAUAUAGACUAACUGCUGCCGAUGUUAAUUUUUUAUAGAAAUGCAUUGGCCAUUCAAGUGAAAACCAGAAUACGUUGUUUUUGUUUGUUUGUUUUUUUAAUGGUUUAUGAAGUAAUGUUCGUUUGCUAACAUGAUGUUUUUACCAAGCUGAGGAAUCGUGAUGUGUAGAGAAUUAACGUGUAUUGCCAUUUGAUGUAACACAAAGUGGUUACAAGGCUUUCAGUGUAAUUGUUGAGAUUGAAUCUUUGUCUUGGACUGUUCAGCAGAAUGCAGGGACUCCUAAUCUUCUAGGCACCCAAUGUAUUCUUCUUCAUAUGUAUUGCGUCAUCAUUUCCUAUUGCUUAUGCUAUUGCUUUAGUAGAUGUAACACACUUGCAUGCAGUUCGCAGAUGAAGGUCAGGGUUUGAAUCUGGCUCAGUGAAAUGAGUUUGGUGGUCUCAUAUAGCUCCUUGUGGGACAUUACAAAACCGCCACAUAUCAGACCACUUUUUGCCCAGUUGUUAGUCUAUCUCCUAUUGAAAUGCAUUAAAAUCUCAUGGAGCACAUCCCUUAUUAAUCUAUAAUUAGCAAGUGCCCAGGCCGUCAAACAAUAUUGUAAGUCAGGUUGUUGAUGCCUUGUUCUCAUAGAAGAGUUUUGACAUCAAUAGGAAUGAAAGGAUGUUAAAAUCAAAUAUUUUUACACAUUUAGUUGUGUGCCUUUUUAAAUCUUGCACACAACUGAAUCCAAUUUAAGAUUUUCUUAAUGACACAGACUGGGUUCCGGAUGAAGUAUCUUUGGAGAAAAAAUCCUAUUGAUCAUCUAAUGUCUUUUAAAGAAUAACACAGGAGCUAACCUUGUGAAGACUUGUUUGGUAUAAUACAAAGAGAUACAAAGCAAUUGAUCUGAUCAAAGCUUUGUCAAGAACCUGUUCUGGAGACAGUUGUUGACGUGUAAGGUUUUCUAAUGAUUUGUCCUUACCGACACCUGACCAGUACUCAUUGACAUUAGCUGUCAAUAGAUAUACUGUAGAGCUAUGUGUUAAUCACAGUGCAACUGGGUUUUUUUUUUUUUUUUUGUAUGGAUUACUUUUAAUUGUGGCAAUUAGAAUGGUAACAUUACAGUGGACACACUGUUUUGAGUUUUAAACUCCCUUGAGAUACAUUUGGUCUUUCCAAAUCUUGAUCUGCGUCUGUUGUCAAAGGACAUAAUCUGCAGUAUGCAAAUAAAGAUAAAGUAAUGCUCUAUUCAAAUACUGUCCUACACCUUUGCUGUUUCAUGUGGUCCCGCAGUACACUGGGUGUUGCGUGGAACAAGCUUCUUCUAAAGGUCUCUAUUCUCCCCUGAAGUCUUCAGCCAUCCCUAUUCCUUUGACUGACCCAGAUUGUGGAGACUGGAGCAUUUGCUGCUUUGUUGAACAGAGUAGACCUGGCAGCAUAUUGAAUGCACACAUUGAACCCAACUUGCCUCUAUACAGACAUAAAGGAGACACUUCAUGCAAUACAAGACACAGCCAACACAUUACAGCUAGUCCAUUGGGAGGAUAUGUGUUGAAUAAAAGAUUGAGGAGACUGCAAUUAUGUGGUGGGGAGGGAGGAGGCGAUGAACACUGCUGACCUAUUGCAUGAAAAGAUUUUGAGUUCUUCCCAUGUUGCUUAAACUCAUCUCUAGAUGCAACAAAUCUACUGGUCUCAAGGCCAUUUGGCAUGGAAUGUUAGGAAGAGCUGUGAUGUGCAGGUCAGGAUUGCUGUACAGCUGGAAGCUCUUAUAAUUAUUAUUUAUUUAUUUAUUUAUUUUUUGCAGAGUUUGCAACUGUAUUACAUCAAUAGCUGCUUGCUGAUCCAUAGAAAAUAUAUGACCUAGGAGGUAGAGAACAGAAAUGAAGCAGUUUUGAAACAGCAGGGCAAAGUUAUUUUUCUUUCACAGAGCACUUAAUGCAUCUAAAAUCUUCAUUACUAUUAUAUUAAACAGCAUUGUUCAGUUCUGAGAUACAUAUGUGAUGGACUUCUGUUGAUUUGUAGAAUCAAUCUUAGUAUGGCUAAUUGGCUAUUGGAUUUGACCCCCCCAGUCAUGGUUGUUAAACAUUUAUUCAUUCUGUCCCUUAUAUUUUAUUUAUAUUUAACCUUGCACCUCACCUCAUGAGUCGGGCUGGGAGUGACCUUUUUACUUUGCUCUUUAUAAAUAAUUUAAUAGCUGAGGAAGGCUGUCCAUGUCAUUUUAUCAGUAUACAUUUGCAUUCUGGUGUAAACUCGUAUUGAAAAAGUUGUACAGUUAUACUGUAUACGAAGAAUGACCUGAGACUGUGGUAAAGCAGUUACAGAUGUUAAUAUCCAGUCGCUGACUUAUCUAUCACCUUAACAGACAGCAACUUUGCCUGCAACUGAGAGGAGCUCAAAUUUGGUUUUGUCCACUCUGAAUCAUAAAACUCUCAUUUCCUUGCACUCAGUCUUUUUCGAGAGCUCUUUCUCUUAUGGUGCAGUUCUGUGGUGCAUUAUUAAGCUGUAGCAGCUUGUUGUUGCUGCUGUGCCAUCUGUUAAACUGUUUCUAUUCAUUGUUCAAAAAGAAAAAAGCCCCCAAAAGUAAUGGAUUGUUACUUUUUUUUCCUUUUCUACUGGCUAGACUUGAUUUCUUCUUCCAAAUAGAUUUUCAUUUUGUUUUACAAUGCAUACUAUUGCAUUGUGUCCAUGGUGCAAGGGCACAACUUGGGUUAUCUUGCUUUACUUUUAUGUAGUACUAUUUCAUAUUUAUUUUACAGUAAUGGCUAGUAUCUUAGUCUUUUGGUUAAUUACAGUUCAGUCAUUAGUGAUCUGUAGGAUACUUUUAGGCAUAGCAUGACAGCAGAAACUAGGUUAAAUGUAGGUUUGGUGUCUAUGACAAGGUGGAGUUUGAAAAAAAAAACAUUCCUUUAAAGAAAAAAAGGAACAUCAUACAGUAGUUGUAUAUUGUGUAUUAAUUAAAGCUUAUGGGCUCUGGAACAUAAAUAGCUUUUGUCAAUGCACUCCACACAGGAGACCUGUAUAACAAGCAUCCUGCUGCUGGAAAAGAAGCAUCUAUUCUAAAAAUAAGUCAACAUUUCUUCUGUCACUAACUCUGUUCAUUACUUUCUGUCCAAAACACUUCUGGGAGUGUAAGUGCACUUAAUCUGUAUCGUCACUAACCUUGCUUUUGCUGAAUAAACUUUCUUUUCUGAUUUCCUAUAAACUUUUCAGACCUUUUCUGUCUUUUAUUCUAAGUGGAUGAAAUUCCUGUGUCACACACCAAACGUAUACAUAAUAAAUCAUGCCUGUAACUGUAUUUUCUGAGUAACUCUGUGAUCGUUUUAUAUUAAAAGAUAUUGUAUGGGAAAGUGCAAAGCAACAACAUACAUAUAAAGUUAGUUCAAUGAAAGGUGGUGUGCCAGCAAUGGGGAGGAAAGGGUUUUAGGCAUACAAGGCCAGCACCUCACUCAAAUUACACCAGAAUGGUUUGUUCCAUUGGUCUGCAUUGUUCAGUUUGCCAGUGCAAAUGGUUGGUUUUACAGCACAUCACCAUUCCAACUUGCUCCUUGUAAUUAAGUAUUCAACUGCAUCUCAGCAUUGUAGUGCUUGGUUUAAGUAUACUCCUCCCAACGAAGGGGUAUGUCUUAAAGGCUGGCAGUGAAAAUGAUUGGUAUGCAAUAAAACCCUGAAUAGCAUUGCAUUAUAAAUAGUCCUGACCUCUUCAGAAGUUCCUUUAUAAUUGCAUAGAUCAUUUCAAGUCUUUGUUAUGUCUAGCCACAGAGGAGGAAAUAAACUAUCAUUACCGCUCUGAAAUUGCACCCGUGGGCUGUACAGCUUGGUAGCCUUUUAGUCAUCAUACUCUCCCAUCCUCAUCCAUCUCGAACACGCUCCAACACAAUCGUUAUUUGCAUUUUCGGGAGUCGUGAUGUCUGAGAGACAGUGGAAAUGGGUAUAAGGAGGAAGGAGGUACUGUAAAGGUGUCUAACCUAUCUCUGCUCAAACUGGGUCAUUACCAGAGGAGUGAUCAUUUUGUAUUGGGCACUUGCCCCAUGAGCACAGUACGUUGCCUGCUCUUCAACACCCUGUAUAAGCAUUGUAUCACAAGAGCAACACAGUUUUACAUGUAUGAGUUGUUCAUCUGUAACUUUGAACACUCAAUCACUAUAUAAAUGUAUUACUAUAUAUAUAUAUAUAGGUAGUGGACAAAAAAAAUUUGAAACACCAAUGUAAAGUCACUUAAUAGGGCAUUGGGCCACUAUGGUAUCCCGCUCUGUGGAGUUCUCGGCGGACCGUUUUUGAGGAAACUGGCUGCUCACGCCCCAGGUUGAAAUUUGCAGUCAAUUGAUCUGCAGUUGCUCGCCUGUUUUGCCAUGCACUUCGAAUUAAUGCACGGAUAUUACGAUCCUGGAGUAUGCGCCUCCGCCCACUGUUGCCCUUUGCUGAUGUCUUUCCCUCAGAGUUCCAUGCCGACAUCACCUAAGACACCGUUGCUUGUGAAGCAUCAGUAAGUUGAGCUGUCUUUGUCACUGAAGCUCCUGUUAAACGCACCCCAAAAAUCACCCCUCUUUCAAAGUCACUGAGGUCUCCUCUUGCAGCCAUGCUAGCCAUAAUUAUAGGCAACCAGGCCUGUCCAGCAUUUUUAUACAUUACCCUAAGCAUGCUAGGAUGUUAUUUGCUUAAUUAACACAUGAGCCACACCUGUGUGGAAGCCCUUGCUUUCAAUAUACUUUGUGUCCCCUCAUUUACCCAGGCUUUUUUCCAUUUUUUUGUCCACUACCUAUAUAUAUAAAAUGCAAUAUAAUAUGCAAAGUACUGCUGGAGUUUUACAAAAAAAUGGAGGCAGAGGACAUAACUAAGUAUACCUAAAAAAAAAAAAAAGGUUUUACAAUUUUAUUUUAUUUUGUUAAAUAAUCACAAUGACAAUGUGUUCAGUGCUUUUGUGCUCAAGUGUUUAAGUAUGUUUCUUUAUGGUCAUAAGAGUCAUAAGUAUACUGAAACAUAUCACUUAUAUUUUAGUUUCAAAAGAAAUGUAUCACUUAUAUUUGAGCAUCAAAAGAAACUUAUCACUUAUAUUUGGAUACAAUUCACUAGAUGUGAUCGAAAAAUGUCAAACUCUGUUUUAGAGCAGGUGCAGUGAAUUUUUAUUGUGCUGAUUUAACAAUUGACAUCACAAAGAUGCUGCAAAAUGAUCUGUCGAUCUUGGGCAGAUCUUGUGACUCUUGGUCUCCCAGUUGGUGGCCUGUCAUUGACAGAGUGUGUCUGGUUAUACCGUCUCGCCAGGUUUGAAAUUGCUGGCUGUGAGCACCCAAGACGGUGAGCCACAGUACGCUGCCCUAGUCCAGCUUCCAACAUGCCGAUUGCACGAAGGCGCUGCUCUCUUGACAGACGUGGCAUAUUGGUUUUUUUUCUGUGAUUUUCUUUAUUGAUUUUAUUCAAGCUUGCAAUUCAACAACUUAAAUCACUCCAUAUCCAGUGUCCAGUCAACUGUCUCACUAAUUAGGUGAUUAAGUGCAUAUGCUUCAGUCAUAGUCACUCAAGCGUGUCAUGGUCAAGGAUGAAUGAUCGAAUGAUUAAAAAAAAACCAAAAACAUUUCGUCAAUGUCCAUCAUUUAUAUACCUUUUUUUUUCGAAAAUAAAUGUGUUAUAAUAGUGAUGUUUCUUUUUAUGCUCGGUAUAUAAUAAAACUAACACUGGGUGCUGUACAAUCAUGUAGCAACUAGUUGUGAAGCUUUGCUUGCUUCCCUUUUUAGACAGUUCUCCUUGAGCCAAUCUCAUCCCAAUGCUGUUAGUUGAACCCAUUUGACAACCAGAUUGUUUAAAGAUUACUUCAGUCCAAAUGCAAACCUCAACAAACAAGUCAUCUUAUUUGUAGGUGUUUUUUUUUUUUUUUUUUCAUCCGAGCAGCCUUAUCAUCAAGGCUCAUGAAAGUCAUGAGCGCCAUAUUUUGAAGUGUGACUUUCUGCUGCAUAAUUUAUUUUUAAUUUUUGUAAUACUUGCAACAAGAGCACACCUAUCAUAAGAAAUCUAAUGCUUCUGUCAGAUAAGCCCAUUAGCUGCUUAUUUAUAUGUCUUGAAUAUGCCAUACCAAGAAUGAGGGUGGUGAGUCAGAAAAUUUCAUUGGGGGCAUAAUGUGUUUGUGGUCCUGCAGCUGAUUUCACAUUAAUCGGCGUGUCUUGUUUGAGAGCUACAGCACUGUUCAGUGAAGAUGAUGUAGUGUGCAAGGUGGACUAAUAACAAACCGGAUGGCUGCCUCAUUUAUUUCCCUUAUAAAUCAGGAAUGGAAGCAUGUGAAUAAGGAUGAAUAGAAAACCAUGACUUGUGAAUUUCACUGAUGGCAAGAGAAAUGGCUUUCCAGCAAAGAGGUGUUCGUGUCCUAAAAAAAAAAAAAGUAAUUGGGUGGGAAAUAAAUGUUUAGAAUAA